UCGGGUCACUACAGUACCUUUUAUUAUGACAGCAACAAGUGGAGGCGGUGCGCUGGCGAGGUGAGUUAUACCUCCUGCGCUCAUUCUAUGUUCGGUCCCUCUCCACUCGAUACUGAUUCGUUUGUUGGUUUGCAUGUUACUUUACGUCGAUGGAGCAACCGUACAGCCCUGACUGGACCAUGCUCUCAUUCUGAAAACAAGUCGGGAGAAAAAGACAAGAUUCCUUGCCUUCAGAGGACUGAGUGAUAGGCUGUCCUGAAACUUGUGCUACAGUAUGUCUGGAUCGAAAUGAUAUGCCCACUCCUUUCCUCUUCUGUCUAGUUGGAACCCAUCUUUUGUAUUCCUCCAGACUGUCCUUGGUCAAACUCUACAGUCACUUCACUGGACUCUAAUGGAUGGAUAUGGGGAUGAAGAUAGAGGGUUAUUAAUCUGGUAUGAUAUGUAUAUGAGUAGCUGCUGUGUACCAUCAAUAGUCAUUGAAACCUGCUCUGGAACCGCAGGGAUAGUCAGGUCUUUUACCGGCUGAGCUAAUGGGGCCUCCUCAGCCACGUUGGCAAGUCCUGUUCCCUUCUUUCUGUGUCUCCACUUCCCCCGUGAGGACGUUGUGUCUCGUGGUGGCCCUCGUGGUUGUCAUGGCGACACCGUGCCCCAAGAGCUGCCACUGCUCGGAGAGGAAUGGCGUGGUGGUGCAGUGCGUCUCCCGGAGCCUUGACCAGAUCCCUCCGGACCUACCGGAAGACACCGUCACCCUCCUGCUCUCGUCCAACCGGAUCAGCCACAUCCCCAACCAGGCCUUCAAGGACCUCCGCCGCCUCAAGGAGCUGGACCUGUCGCAUAACCACAUCGAGAGUAUCGACGCAGGGGCCUUCCUGGGGGUCUCCGAGGGACUCCGCUCCCUGGACCUCUCCAACAACCAGCUCCACAGCGUCCCCAAGGAGGCCUUCACCAAGCUGAGUGCCCGUAUAAGACUCUCCAACAACCCCUGGCACUGCGAGUGUUCCCUCCAGGAGGUACUGAGGGAGCUGAGGCUGGACCCUGAGACGGUCAACGAGGUGAGCUGCCACACCUCUGUCCAGGACGAGUACGCCGGCCGGCCCGUCAUUCAGGUCCUGGACUCUGGCAUCAACUUCUGUAACUUUCACCACAAGACCACCGACGUGGCCAUGUUCGUGACCAUGUUCUGCUGGUUCGCCAUGGUGAUCGCCUACGUCAUCUACUACGUCAGGCACAACCAGGAGGACGCGAGGAGACACAUGGAGUACCUCAAGUCUCUACCCAGAUCCUCCCAGAUCACCAAGGACUUUGACACAGCCAGCACUGUGCUCUAGCAGUGGUCUAUGUGUGGUGGCAGUGACAGCGGUGGGGGUUCUUACAUGUCCAUGGGAUAGUAAACACAGUGGCACAGUUGCAAGGUGUAUGUAACUAUUUUGAAUGUGAAGACGGGCCUCUGGACGAGCCACUGGACUGCACCUGCCCGUCUGCACGUGCCUGACCGGCUCGCAGUGGGCCUCGGGUUCGUCAGUGCAAUCAACGUGCCCCUUUUUGUGUCGACUGUUUAUGAAGUCAUGGGGUCAAUACCUUUUGAGAUUUCUGACUCAAUUCCAACCGACUUUUUUGUCGAUUGUUGUAAUUUUUAUUUUACAGUAUUUAUUUUUAAUUGGGAAGAAACAUGACCUCUACUUCUCAUCGUCAUAUGUUUUCCCAACAGUAGGAUUUAAUGAGAAAUAUAUUGUAUAAGUCUCUGAGAGUGUCUCCAUAUUGAUUUGGUUGUUGUGUGAUUGGUUGUAGUGCUAUACAGUACUAUUGAUCUAGUCAUUGUGAUUGGCUGUUACACUGGACUGAAUGUUCAUCUUGUGUCUUCAAGUGCCUAGAAACAGUAAACAGUAACUCAACCAAGGCACUGUGAAAACAAAUGUUGAACUACAAAAUCCCUUUAAAGCUAGAAUCCUUAUCCACUGGGCACAGAUGUCAUUUCAAUGUCUAGUUUUGAUCUAAUUUUGGUUGAGUUGUCAGCUAACGUCAAUUCGAUGUGAAAUCAACAAAACAUUUCACCAUGUCAUUUGGUUUAGGUUAAAAGUUGGGUGAAAAAAAUACGACAUUCCCUUACGUUGAUGACUUUUUAAAAAAUCUAAUCAGUUUCCCACAUUGAUUCAACAUCAUAACAUAGAUUUUGGAUUUUAAAGGAUGGUGGAAACAACGUUGAUUCAAUCAAUUUUUGCCCAGUGGGAGUUGUUAGAUUCAUUCUUUGACUUAUAAAUGAAUGAUACAUACCCAUUGAUUCUUAAUGUAUAAAUGCCUCAUGAGCUUAGUUCAACUGUCGUACCCAAUCAGAACCCCAGAUAUGUGCUUUUUUUGCUUCAAUGUUUGCAAACAAGCUACAUGUAAACAAAUACUGUAUAGCUUUAAAACAUGGUUAAAACUGUCGUUUGUUUGAUUAUGUCCAUAGCUAUGUCUAUGAAUUUGACAGUGGUUCCAUUUCUCCAGGCAUUUUACUAAACAGAGGGGUACCACUUUGUUAUUGAUUUAGCUGAAGAUUCUAGCUUUAAUAUGUCAUGUUAAAUAUUUUAGAUGUUGUGAAGGGUGUUAUGAAUCAUUUACCAUUACUCAUUUUGGCAAUCAAUGUGAUGCCACUUUCAGGACAUAAAUCUUUAAAUACUCAUAUCGGAUUUAGUUCCCAAACUGUCAAACACCCUUCUACAGACGUUGAUCGAUGCUGAUGUUGCGUCAGAGAGUCUAUGAUGACCAACAGUUGGAAGUAGUCUAUACUUCCUUAGUAGUGUAUGUGUUCUGUAUUGUUUUGUCUCUAUUGGUUUGUAUGUUUGUCCCUUUUAAUGGUAUGGGAUGUAGUUUAUGGAGAGAGAAACUAAUGAAAGGAAAGUGAGAAAAGGAGACAUUCUAUUGUUUUAUUGAGACUUGUGUUGAAACGGAGAAACUUUGACCAUGAAAUCUGUCUUUGUCUGUCGGGAUAUGGGGAUAUGACUUGAUCUUGUUGCGCUCGUCUCUGUUUGUAAUUAUUCUUAGCAAAAUGGUUGUGAAUCAACCGUUGUCGUUUUUAUAUCUGAAAUAAAACGGU